AUGCUCAUGCUACUGCAGGCGUACUGGCCGUUCCACCGCGCCAGCUGCCGCCCCAAUCAGUUUGCUGACGCCAUCGAGCCGUCCGAGCCCAAGUUUGCUGCAUGGAUGAGGGGCCACGGCAGGCUGGCCGUCCUGAAAGACGACGAGGUUGACCGCCUGGAGCGCGCCUCCAAGCCAGGCGGAUGGCACGGGCUGUCGCGAGCGGAUGUGAUGGACUCGAUGUACGGCCGCGUCGACCCAAAGCCGCGACCACCCACGUACGACACCCGCGAGCGCGGCGUGAUGCGUGAGGCGGAGGAGGCUGCGCUUGCACGGCGCCAGAUGCAGCUGGUCGCGUACAGCGCGGUCGCCGCCGCAGCCGACGCACCCACGGCAGCCUUUGAUGCGUCCGGUGAAGGCGAUGCGCCAGGAGUGGGGUCCCUACUGCAAGGGAUCGGCGCCGGCGACGCGUGGGAUGAGGUUCACAUUCCUGAGGGCAUGGGCCUGGAGGUCAGCAGCCGCCUCAAGUGGCGCCAGACGCAAACCCACGUGGAGGUGUUUGUGCGCGUGGACCUUGGCCCAGAGCACCUGACAGUGGCACUGGCGGGGGGCGAGGACGUGGUGGUGUCUGGGAGGUUGUUUGCCGGCGUCAAGGCUGAGGGCUCCACCUGGUUCUUAGGCGACAGCAUGGUGCAGCUCCGCCUGCUGAAGCGCUGCCGCCGCGGCCACUACGCCGACGGCACCACCAACGCCGACACCUGGUGGCGCAGCCUGCUGUGCGGCGCAGCGGCGAGUGAGUUGCUGCCAGGGCCCCACCCGCCGGCUUCGUACUACUCAUCGCCGUAUGAAGCAGAGUGA